CAGUCAACUCAUUACAAGACAGCGGAGGACAUUUGGCGCGAGUGCGGAUCCAGAGAGAGACACUCGGCGCGGCUGGUCAAUCUGGUAAUUGUUAAGCAUCAGGCUAAUGAUGAGAAAUCCAGGAUAUUACCAAAUCACAGACGAUCCGUUGAAUGCAUCAAGAGAGGCUACUAUCGAGACGAGUCGUGCUUUUUACCGUGAUUGGCACUUUGCUCGUCCGUGUGUCGCCCGCUGGUUGCCUGGACGCGUCCCGCUGCCUCUUCAUAAUGUCCACUGUGAUUAAUUCCUACUACGCAUUGAUUGACUGAAAUAAAGCAAUAUGAUCGGCAUACACGGGCAUUGAGAAGAUGUUAGUGUGCCAACAAGCCCUUGCCCUUGUUCAAAGGUGUAUAGUAUUGAGUGUAGCAUCUACCUGAUUAGGACGUAUGCAGUUUCUCUACGGUGAAUUGAAAUCUAACGAUCGAGGCUGUUGCCCACCGCCCGUUGAUAAUAAGGCUUUAGAUGAUAAGAUGAUACCGCAUCGCCAGCCGGCCUUCGCUUAUGUCUUUGGGGCGCUUCUUUUCUCACUACGUGUGAAACUGAAAGUCUAUGGACUGUAAUAUGUUUGGUACACAGUUAUGCAAUGUAGUAUGCAGACGUGGUGACGAUCUUAAAGAUUAUUCACGAAAGACUUCAAGACGCACUCCAUGAUCCUGCAGUGUUGGUCAACUUGAUUGACUGUACAGCCAACAUACAUGUAUGUCGCUGGAUACUGGUUGACUGUGAUUAAUCUAAACAAGUUAUAAUCUUUGGUGCGUUGAAUCUUCAAAGAUCCAUAUAAAUUGUACAGGAACCGAGCGGCACAUUCUUUGUACUACUUUUUCACGGCACAUCAAGACUCAGGCCUCAUGUAAACAACUUGUACGUGUCUGGGCUAAAUCUCCUUCAUUCCUGUCGAAGUCUCCAAAACUUACGUUAGUGGAUUUGGAAGGUCCUUGGUAAGUUAUAUCAAGUGCUCCGUUUGGACAUUAAUUAAAGCAGAUCGAUAACAAAACUUGGAAUUAAUAGUGAACUCAAGAUGUCACAAUUUGACGAUGUCUUGAUCUGCAACCACGACACGGCCGAGCUGAUCGCACCGGGCGAGGCCGAUUCACACCCGGGCACUGGCCCGCGCGAUGUCCGGGUCAACGCGCUGCCUGAUACCCGCCCCAUCGAUGUCUCCUCGGAGGAAAGCAGCGGCGGGAGCUGCGACCCCAUGGCCGCUCCUUCCUCCAUCCGCCUGGUCCAGCCCCAAGACCGGUGCCACGCUAUCUACGUCUCCCUGCUUCUGGCAGGCAUCGGGUUCCUGCUGCCUUACAACAGCUUCAUCACCGCCGUGGAUUAUUUCCUGGACAAGUACCCCGGCAGCACCAUCGUGUUCGACAUGAGCCUGACCUACAUCCUGGUGGCUUUCGUGACGGUGUUUCUGAACAACGCUUUGGUGGAGAGUUUCUCCUUGCAUGUCCGGGUGACAUUUGGGUACAUCGUAGCAUUCCUUGCGCUCACUCUGGUCGCGAUUUUCGAAGUUGGACUGGAGGUGUUUGCACCGGGCACUAGUUACUUCGUCAUCCUUGCUGCCGUUGCCAUGGUUUCCCUGGGAUGUACCGUUCAACAGUCCAGUUUCUAUGGUUACGCGGGGAUGUUACCAAGGAGAUUCACGCAGGCGGUCAUGACAGGGGAAAGUGCAGCAGGUCUCCUGACCUCCAUCAACCGCAUCGUCACCAAACUCCUGGUCCACGACGAGAAGAUCAACACGCUGACCUUCUUCGUGCUGUCGGCCGCCAUGGUGCUGGUCUGCCUACUGACCCAUCACCUGGCCAGACGGACGGACUUCGUCCGGUAUCACGUGACGGCCUGCUCGCCCCGGGAGGAGGGCGUGGAGGGCCAGGGUAGAUGGCUGAAUCAGUAUGAUCAGCUUUCUAACGAGCAGGAGACAUCGGCUGAAAACACCAACGAAAACCACUCUCCCGCUCACCAAGAGCAGACGACACAGAGGAACGGUAGGGCGCCACCACGCGGCAUCUUUGGUGAGGAGAACAGCUUUGCGAUUGAGUUUCCCGAGGUGAAAGCGUACGACAGGUUUCUAUGUAAAACGCGCGCUUUGAAAAGAGGAUUGGCGAUGAGACGAGACAUAGCCCGCACGUUAUGGCCGUACAUGCUGUCCAUCGGCCUGGCUUACUUCGUCACUCUGUGCCUAUUCCCUGGGAUCGAGUCCGAGGUUGUCAGUUGCAGUCUACGCGGCUGGAUGCCCGUCAUUCUGAUGGCUAUAUUCAACGCAACUGACUUUUGUGGCAAGAUAAUCGGUGCCAUCCCGUACGAGUGGUCACCCCGUAAACUCGUCGGUGCCGAGGCGCUUCGCCUGGUCAUCAUCCCGCUCAUGGUACUCUGUGUGGCGCCGCGUACCCAGCCGGUCCUGACCCACGAGGCCUGGGCUAUGCUGUUCUCUGGGUUACUUGGGAUCACUAACGGGUACUUCGGCAGCGUCCCUAUGAUCAUGGCUCCGGCCAAAGUCAACGAGAGCAAGAAAGAGUUAGCAGGUAAUAUUAUGACGCUGUCCUACAAUGUUGGUUUGACCACGGGCUCGGCCACCGCGUAUCUUCUCAACUACCUGCUGGGAGCCACGCCGUCCGUCAGCUGUGUAUCACCGGUACUGGCCAACACCUCUCACAUACCCGGCUGAGUCUCGAAAUGGGCCGCAAAUAUUAACAAGGGGCCAAAUAAAUAGCCAGUACAUUGAAGCUAUAUAACCCCUUACGUCUGCCCUUGCUUAAUACCAGUACAUUGAGGACAUGCCUUUCCUCCUUUGUGAUGCGCAUGAGAAAACUUACUGUACUCUCAUUGGCAUUGAAUUUAAAAUAAAGAAAAACUGCCCUCAGUAAUGGUGCAUCAAACAAGGGGUCUAUCGAAUCAUAAGAGCUGUAAUCAAGUCGAUCACAAGACAAAUCAUGAAUAAGGCGAUUAUGAGUAGCUCGGGAUGAGCAAAGACAACGUAAAGUAGCAGAGUCUGUCAUGCGCCAAUGUGGCCCAUCAGGCCGACGUUUAUCUCUGGUUUUAGAGGCAUGAAACGACUAAGAAUACAUGUAUAAUUCCCCCUGGACGGGA